UGAUCCCUCACACUCCUCUCGCAGUUCGAGCGAGUACAGUUCCCAAUCUAUACCCCAAGCGCGUAGCACCCCACCCUCUCACUCUCAGAAACCCAGCUAUUUAAUGCUUUAGGUUGACAGGCUGGUUUCCCGGUAAAACCACCCGCAACUCCGACUCGCCCAUCAAAAUACCAUUCCGAACUCCGACCGUUUCCUCGAACUCUAUCUGAUAAAAAAAUGGAGGUGGAAACUCAGGCUCAGAGCCUCCCAGCCGCCUUCGACAACCCUUCCUUUUCUUACUCCCACAACGACCUCGGUUCCCGCGACUUCCGAAGCUCUGAAAUGCCCCGAGUUGACCCGAAAUGCGUUGCCUCCGACGUGCUGGCUCCGUUGGAACACAACGGGGCGAAGGCGAGUGAGACGGACGCGCCGGGCGGCGAGUGGUCGGAGUCGACUGCCGCGGUGAAGGUUCAGAAGGUGUAUCGGAGUUACCGCACCCGGCGCAGGUUAGCCGACUCCGCCGUCGUCGUCGAAGAGUACUGGUGGCAAGCGAUAGAUGCUUGGAGAUUGAACCGCAGUACGAUUUCGUUCUUUGAUCUUGGAAUUGAAUCUGCCAUUAAACGAUGGAACCGUGUUGGCAAGAAUGCUUCUAAGGUGGGCAAGGGGCUGUCCAAAGACGCCAAAGCACAGAAAUUGGCUUUUCAGCAUUGGAUUGAAGCUAUUGAUCCAAGGCAUAGGUAUGGUCAUAGCCUGCAUGUGUAUUAUGAGGAGUGGUCUAAAGCAGAUGCUGGUCAGCCAUUUUUUUACUGGUUGGAUGUAGGAGAUGGAAAAGAUAUUGACCUGAAAGAAUGCCCGAGAUCGAAGCUUCGACAACAAUGCAUCAAGUAUCUUGGACCUCAAGAGAGAAUGCAUUACGAGUACAUUGUUGAGGAAGGGAGACUUAUUCACUCGCAAACCGAAGAGCUUCUUGAUACAAAGGAUGGAUCGCUGGGUGCUAAGUGGAUAUUCGUUAUGAGCACAUCUAAGAAACUCUAUGCUGGCUUGAAAAGGAAAGGGGUUUUCCAUCAUUCUAGCUUCUUGGCUGGAGGAGCAACGAUAGCCGCUGGAAGGCUAGAGGCAGAGAAAGGAAUUCUGAAGUCAAUUUCUGCAUAUAGCGGGCAUUACCGGCCAACAGAUGACAGGCUUGAUACAUUUUUAUCAGUUCUCAAGGAAAACGGGGUGAACCUUGAUGAAGUUAAGAUACGCAAGGCAAGUGACGAUUCUGAUAGCUACGAUGAUGGCAAAUCUAAUGGCGGGACUACAUUUAAAAUGCCAACCAACUUUGAAACUCCUCAACUGGAGAUUCUAGGCGAAGUUGAGAAAACCCAAUCUCCAGAACCAACUGAACUUCCCCAACCGGAAGCCAAACCUGAUUACCAAAGGACUUUAUCCGGAGGUCUUCAGAGUCCAAGACCUGAGGUGCCUAAGAAUAAGAUACUGGAGAGGAUCAACUCCAAGACCUCAGCGAAAUCAUACCAACUCGGGCAUCAGCUAUCACUCAAGUGGUCAACAGGAGCUGGCCCGAGAAUUGGUUGUGUUGCUGACUACCCAAUAGAGCUGAGAACGCAGGCCUUGGAGUUUGUUAACCUAUCUCCGAAGUCUCCCCCAACGCCAUCCUACAGGCGGUUCCCUUGUCUCGCUUCACCUACAUCUGGUCUCGCAUCACCUACUUCUGGUCUCGUGUCACCUACAUCUGGUUUCGCAUCACCUACAUUGAAGUCCACCUCGGAUGUCAAUAACGGUGUUUAGACAGCGUCAUUUGGUGAUUGAACUGCACUAAUCAUCGCCAUCAUCAUUAGUUUUAUGCACCAUGCCUAAUGGAUGUUCUAGAGAAUGUAAAUAAUUGCUUCUCAUCAACUUCCUGUCAAACUCAACUUUUGUGAGUAAUGGUCAAGAGCAUUAUCUUUCUUACUUA